AUUUUUCAAAAUAAACUGCAAUAUUUUAUUCCGAUAGAUAUAGAAUGAAUUUUCCCACCUUUUUUCGCCAUUUUAUUCAGAUUUAGUUAUUCUCAUCCCAAUCGGAAACAGUGCUUGCAUGCUUGUAGAGUUCCACAACAGAUCUGAACGAUCGAUUCUCUAUUUUCGUGGGCAAUGGGUGGCUUCACCGCUGAAGAUCUGUCCACCAUCGGCGGAAUCGCCACCGUCUCGCUCCUCCAUUCCUUCAUUCCCACUCACUGGCUUCCUUUCUCCAUUGUAGGUCGCGCGCAGAAAUGGACUCUUUCCACAACUCUUAUCGUCACUGCUCUUGGAGCAAUUUUGCAUGUAAUAUCCACUUCACUGCUUGGUAUAACGGCAAUUACCAUGGCGAACACUAUUGCUGGUGAAGAAACAGUGCAUAAGGUUGCUUCACUUUUGCUUGUAUUUCUGGGUGGUAGUUAUAUACUGUUGUUUCUGACGGGAAAGGGUGGCCAUAGUCAUUCACACAACCAACCAAUGGAGAAAAUGGCUGUAGCUGGACUUAUUCUUGUUCCCGCUUUGUCUCCUUGUGCUACAACUCUCCCAGUAUUUCUCGCAGUUGGAAAUUCAUCUUCCAUGAUGGUGCUUGCCAUCGUAGUACUAUUGUUCAGCACAAUAACUGUGAUGACUUCGCUGGUAGCAUUGUCGUUUUACGGAGCCAGUCAGCUGAAGUUUCACUGGGUGGAGCGGUAUGACAAACUUCUUGUUGGUUCAGUGCUUUGUUUAGUUGGAGUCUUGACCCUACUUUUCCAUGAUCAUGAUCAUGGAGACGUGAUUUCGAUUGGAGAGCAGCACUCACAUAGGAAGAUUAUUUCCUUUUGAGAUCUAUAAAUGUUUUGUAAUUACAUGUUUUUGAGCAUCGUCAAGGUGGUGUUUUCAUCUUGUAGUAGAAGGAAAAGAAAAGAAGGAAAACAGAUGUUUCUGUUCAGGAGAAUUGAUCACCUUGGUCAAGUUUAAGUGUUUGUAUACUGAGUUUACUGUGAGAAGUUAAUGAAUAUUCAAAUUAUCAAUUA